CUGACUUGAGAGUAUUUCCCAUGAGCCUUUAGUAUAUAACGAAACGAACAUUUCUCUCCGCCAUCUUUAGCAGGUCAACUAGAAGGGAGCUGAGCAAGGUCUUUUGAAGUCACUUUCCAGAUUCCUCUUAAAUUUGCUGUCACCAUGCAACAGCAGCAAGAUCAACAUAAUGACGACGAGGGAUGUGUUGUGCGACUCCGUGGUCUUCCAUGGGCUGCCACAGCCUCAGAUGUUCUCAAGUUCUUUGAAGGUUGCCGAGUUUAUGGUGAGGAAAUGGGAGUUCACUUCACUUAUUCAAGAGAGGGUCGACCUAGUGGUGAGGCUUUUGUGGAGUUUGUCAGUAACGAGGACAAGGAACUGGCAUUGAAAAAGAAUAAUGCUCAUAUGGGUCAGAGAUACAUUGAAGUCUUCAGAUCUAAGAAAAGCGAGAUGGAUUGGGUUAUCAAGCGAGCUGGAUCCAGUCAGGUGACUGGUCAAAGUGAUGCUGUGGUAAGGAUGAGAGGAUUGCCAUUUGGAUGUUCAAAAGAAGAGAUUGCUCAAUUUUUCACAGGGCUGGAGAUUGUCCCCAAUGGGAUUAUGCUACCUGAGGACCGACAGGGGCGCAGCACGGGGGAGGCCUAUGUACAGUAUGCAUCACCAGAAAUAGCCAAAAAAGCAUUGGAUAAACACAUGGCAAGACUGGGGCACAGAUAUAUUGAAAUAUUCCCUAGUACAUUGCAAGAGGCUUAUGCAAAUGUUGGACCACCGCGACAACGUAAUCUAGGAUUCAUGGCUGGUAACAGACCUGGUCCUUAUGAUAGAAACGAUCGUUUUGGAGGCAGUAUGAAUGCCAUGGGUGGUGGUGGCUUUGCUGCUGGUGGUUAUGGCCGAGGAAGAGGUGGCAGAAAUGUUAAAGGAUUCUUUGAGGAUGACUAUGAUGAGUAUGGAGGUGGUUAUGGUGGUGGCAUGGGUUUUGGUGGUAUCAACAGAAGAGGAAAUCUUCGUCCUCAAACCAGAGGUCGAUUACAAGGUGGAUCUUUUGCAAGACCAAAAGGUGCAACACCUGGCAGUAUGUAUGUCAGCAAAUCUGGCCAUUCUGUACACAUGAGAGGUCUACCAUUCCAAGCAAUUGAACAGGAUAUUAGAGAUUUCUUCAGACCUUUAGACCCAAUCAGGAUAGAAUUUGAAUAUAGAAAUAACAGGCCAACAGGAGAAGCAGAUGUUGACUUCAGUUCCCAUCAGGAUGCUGUAUCUUCCAUGGAGAGACACAAAAAUUACAUUCAGGAUCGUUACAUAGAGCUCUUCUUGAACUCUACUCCUGAUGGCCGUGGUGAUGGUGGUGGUGUUGGUGGUGGCUAUGGUGAUGGCCCCAUGGGCAGUGGCCGCUUUGGAGGAAUUGGAGGUGGAAUGGGUGGAGGAGGAAUGGGAGGUGGCGGCGGUAUGAAUAAUUAUGGUGGUAAUUUCAUGUCUGACUUCAACAGUGGUGGUGGCAUGGGGGGUGGCAUGGGAGGUGGCAUGGGGGGUGGUAUGGGAGCAGCAAUGAACAAUUACGGGGGUGAGUUUUGGGUUUGAUCUGGUCUGUCAACAACCUCUUGCUCUACAUGAAGCUUGACAAUGGAGAAUUUAUGAACAUGACAACAUUGCGGAGUAGAUUCUAAGCCUAAAAACAAAAAUUUUACAUCAAUGCAUCAUCAUUUGGAGAAAGCAGUUUUUGAAUAAGACUUUCAAAUAAGUGAAUUCAUGGUAAAGUUACGUUUCAGAUUCUAUAGCAAAUUUCAUAAUCAUUAAAUUCAUAGAUGAGGAGGAAACUAAGGAUUUUACCAUGGAGCUUAAAUGCAUUUUUCUUUUUAAUGCAUUAAGAAUCAUCCAUCCAGUUGGGGGUAGCUUUUGGCAGUAGGUGGUAGUGUUGCUAAAAAUUGUGCAACUUAAAAAAAAAAACUUUUUUGAUGAUGCUGUAUGCCACUGGCUCUGCUUUAAAACAUUUCACACCUCAAAGUAUUUCAUCACCACCAUUCUAUGAACAAUUGUUUUCCUAAUUGCUAGAUAAUAUCACUUUAGAAAUUUCAAUGUAACAUCUUUUAUGUAUAAAGGCUUUUACUAUUGAA